AAUCGAUGUAUUGUCAUCGCUAAUAGGCAGCUACAAAUCACAGAGCAUAAUUAACAAAAAGAAAAAAACGAAAAAACAACGAAACAGAAAAAUAAAAGCUAUAACUAAAUACGAAAACGAGGCAGCUGAUUAAACAAGGAAGUCGCCAAUUGCAGUUGCAGCUGACACCUGACAACACGACACGCCCCCCGCCCUCAACGGAAUUACGCUCGACUGCAAAGUGGAAGAGGAAGCAGAAGCUGGGGCAAGUUGACCGCACCCACAACAAAACAUAAAACAUAAAAAAUGCAUUUGAGCGCCGAUAUCUCAAGUGCUUUGCAGCAAAUCGAAGCUGUCAAAAAGGGCAUUGAUGACUCUGACGAUGCUAAGCUGCAAAUGCAGACGACGGAGAGUCUCAACACCAUCUUGGGUAUUCUCACAGAUCCCGUAUUUCGCACCAUUGCCCAUGUGCAGGAAUCGCUCUUUGAGCUUGGCAUCCAAUUAGGUCAACAUCCUUCCAUGUUGCCCAAUGACUUUGACAUCGAUGUCUCCGGGAAUCUGGUGCUUAGCCUCAAUGGUGGCGAGGUUAUGUAUGAUUCCUCGGCGCCUGCCAGUCCAGAUAAGUCCACUUCGACUGCUGGAGAAUUGGAAGCCCGUCCCCAGAGCCAAAAUUCCAAGACGGCAGCCAAUGCGGAUUUGUAUGCCACGGAUUACGCGCAAAUCCAAGCAAUUGAACUGGUCAACGAUGGUACUGGACUUGGAUUUGGCAUUAUUGGAGCCCGCAACUCGGGCGUGAUUGUCAAAACAAUUUUGCCAGGCGGCGUGGCGGAUCGUGAUGGCCGGUUAAGGUCAGGAGAUCACAUACUCCAGAUUGGCGAUGUGAAUUUGCACGAAAUGGUUUCGGAGCAAGUGGCCGCUGUGCUGCGCCAGUCGGGCACGCAUGUCCGUCUCGUGGUGGUGCGUCCGAUUGAGCAGUCACUGCCGACGCCACAAUAUGCCUUGGAGCCGGGCAGUGCUGUGGUACCUACGCGUGUCCUUGUUGAUCCUGCAGAGCUGGAACGUUAUCUCAUCUCGACUGGCUACCCAGAGAUCUUUGGUGAGAGUUCAACGGCAUCCACGCCACAAACAACCACGGAAGAUGAGCGUUUUGUGUAUCGUGGCGAGACAUCGAUGCUCAUCGAUCCCAGCAUUGAUUUGGAAGAGUUGCUGGCAUUGCCUGAGACGGAGAAGUUGCAAGUGGAGUUGAAAAAGGAUGCAAAUGGCUUGGGUAUCACCAUAGCCGGCUAUGUUUGCGAAAAGGAGGAGCUAUCGGGCAUCUUUGUGAAGAGCGUUUCGCCGGGAUCAGCUGCAGACUUGAGUGGACGGAUACGCGUUAACGACCGCAUCAUUGAGGUGGAUGGUCAAUCGUUACAAGGCUAUUCUAAUCAUCAGGCAGUUGAGCUGCUCAAGAAGUCAGGCCAAGUGGUCAAUCUGCGACUCGAACGCUAUUUGCGUGGACCUAAAUAUGAGCAACUGCAGCAGGCCAUUGCAGCGAAUGCCAACGAGAAGUUGCCCACUAGCAGUGCACCUGGCACACCUUGCCGAGCUCCUUUGCCCACUCCUGUAGUCACCUCGAGCUCUGCCGUCGAACUGGAGGAUGAAACGCUGCCAGCGCCAGAGGCAUUUAUGAUGACCACGCCGCCUUCCAGCUCCUUGGCCACCACGACGACGCUAAGCAGCUUUGGCGCUGGCAAGCAGCUGGUUGCUGUGCGGGAUUCGAUCGAGGGCACCACCAAGAUUGUGCCCACGGAAGUUGUGCAGCUGGCGGACAAACAGGAGACCGCUGUGCAUGCCAAGAAUGCGAGCUUAAUCACGCGUCACAAGUACUACACUGAUCCAGAUCUGAGCGAGGAGAUGGAGGCGGACAUUGUGCGCAAAUGGCAGAAGAUUGUGGGCGCCGACAUGGAGGUGAUCGUGGCGCAGAUUAAAAAGUUUGCUGUCGGUGGAUUGGGCAUUUCGCUGGAGGGUACCGUCGAUGUCGAAGGUGGUCGCGAGGUGCGUCCCCAUCAUUAUAUACGCUCUAUACUGCCCGAUGGUCCGGUGGGCGUCAAUGGCGUCUUGCGCUCAGGUGACGAACUCUUGGAGGUGAAUGGCGAACGUUUGCUGGGUAUGAAUCAUUUGGAAGUGGUGGCCAUACUGAAGGAGCUGCCACUGGAUGUGCGCAUGGUUUGUGGACGUAGCAAAGCCACCACACUGUUGCCCUUCUCCGACGACACUCUUAAGAAACUGAGCAAUAACUUUGAGAAUCUGCUGCCGGCCACCGAUCGUCUAGUGAAGGCGAAAUCUGAUGGCAGUUUGGCUACAGCGGGAUCGGUUGCUGAUGCUGAUAAUGUGGCUGUGGCAGCAGCAUCGUUUAACAAGCUCAAAUCUCGUUCGUUGGAGCCACUCACCGGACUGGCAAUGUGGUCAUCGCAGCCUCAAAUCAUUGAGCUGCUGAAGGGUGAUCGCGGUUUGGGCUUCUCCAUUUUGGACUAUCAGGAUCCCUUGGACUCGAAUGAUACAUUGAUUGUAAUACGCUCGCUAGUGCCCGGUGGCGUUGCCCAGCUGGAUGGCAGAUUGAUACCAGGCGAUCGUCUGCUGUUUGUCAACUCAAUUAAUCUGGAAAAUGCUUCGUUGGAUCAGGCAGUGCAGGCAUUGAAAGGUGCACCAAAGGGAGUGGUCCGCAUUGGCGUUGCCAAGCCGCUGCCCAUGACGGAUAAUUCGCUGAAGGCGUGCAGCAAUGCGAGCACUACCAGCGACGAGACCCUAGAGCAGCAGCAACAAUCACCGCCAGCGUUGCCCACAGCAGCGCCGCCUCCGCCACCAAUUGAGGCCAAGGGACCAGAGCCUGAUCUGAUACCCGAUUGGCGCAAUUAAAUGCUGAAGCAUGCAAGUUAUUUGUUGCGUAGUGUUGUUG